CGAUUGUUUUGUUUUUUAAGUUGUUUUUUUAAGACUUUCUAUACUUGAUCUAAUUAGAAGACACAUACAUAUAUUUUUACAUGUAUUUGUUUUGUUUUUUUAUUUGUUCUGGGUUUAAUUCCAUCCCAGCUGUGAACCCAUUAUGUUAACCAGGAAGAGGCCAGGUAGGAUUAGGACAGCCCUCUGCGGGAAUGUGACUUAGUCAGCGUGCUCGGACUGAAGUUAUGACUUUAAUAUGGCUGAUAAAGGUCCGCUUUUAACUUCGUGUAUAAUUUUUUAUCUGUCGAUUGGAGGCGCAAUAUUCCAAAUUUUUGAAGAAGAAAACUGGAAAUCAGCCAGAGACCUCUACGUGAAAGAAAAGGAAGACAUUCUGAAGAAAUUUAACUUGACUAAAGAGAAUCUGACUGAGAUACUGAAGGUAGUAUCAGAGGCUGCCGGGCAAGGCGUGGCGAUCUCCGGGGAUAAGGAUCGCAGUCCGUGGGACUGGGGGAGUUCUGCCAUCUUCGCUGCCUCCAUUGUCACCACUAUAGGUUAUGGUAAUAUUGCCCCCAGAACAAAAGGUGGACGUAUUUUCUGCAUCCUUUAUGGUCUGUGUGGGAUCCCUCUGUGUCUGGUAUGGAUAAGUGAGCUGGGUUCAUUCUUUGGUGAACGGGCCAAGCGUCUGUCUGGGGUGAUGAUAGACAAAGGCAUAUCAGUGAAAAAAGUCCAGUAUACCUGUAUAGCCUUGUUCCUUCUAUGGGGGCUGUUGGUGCAUCUGGUGAUUCCGCCAUUUGUUUUCAUGUCCAUGGAAGAAUGGACCUACUUAGAAGGUUUCUACUUCUCUUUCAUCACACUCACAACAGUUGGCUUUGGAGAUUAUGUGGCAGGCGUAAAUCCAGACAUAAACUACCCCCGCCUCUACAUAGUAGGUAAAGAAUUAUGGAUUUGCAUGGGCCUAGCUUGGCUGUCCCUGUUCUUCAGCUGGAACGUCCACAUGGUAGUCGACGCUUCCAAAGUACUAAAGAAAAAAUGGCAAAAACGCAGGCACAGAAACUUCUAUCAUGAGGAGCUAGUGUCUUUAAAGGACAAGCCACAUGGAAAUGUAAAGCCCAACGUUGUUGACAUCUUUGGCUUCUUAUCUGAAAAGGAGGAAGACUACAAUACUGUCAUAAAAGAGAUUGGAAUGAAAAGACGCAAACCAGCGCCAGCAGACAAAAUGAAUCGCUCAAAGAGCUGCAGUGACCUCCACGGCACCUCUAUCCACAACUUGGAGCACUCUCCAAAGCGCAGACGUAUGAUCAGUAUCAGCGAAGUAUUCCUCAAUGCAAAGGCCGAGGGGGACAAUGACACAAAAGACGAGAUGCUCCCGUUAUUGCAAGAAAGCAUGGGGGACCCUGAAGUGCGUGUGGAAACUGACGAGGAACAAAAGGACAGCUGUGCUGCUGAUUCAGAAGAUUGUGAUAUUGCCCUCAGUGGACCUGCCAAAAUAGAAGAGGAAACUGUAGAGCAUCCUGAUGGGGGGGAGACUAGGUUUAGGAUUUCCAAGGUGGCUGAAGAAGAAUUGCUGUUGGAAAACGAUGAGAAAGGGUAAAAGAAUUGUCCAAAGGCGUAUGCUGCUUUAAUGUACCGAGAGAACAAAAUGUGGAAAUGACACUGCAUAUGACAUCUACAGGAACAAAAGCUGACAGUCGAAUGGUUUCCUGUCUUACAAGGUCACUAUUUUAUUUUUUUAUAAAUGGCAAAAAACAUGUUUAAAAUUUUAUUUUUUUUUAAUUCUUUCAUCCCUUUACAACAUUUGUAUUCAUUAAGCAACAGUGAUCAACGGCAUUAUUUUAGAAGACAGUAUAAGGCUUUGUGGAAAACAGAGCCAAUAAGCAACUUUCCCUCAUAAGGAGCUGCUACACUGGAGCCCAUAAGGACAUGGCCAUCAUCCGCGUACUCCAUGCUCACCACUGGCUGCUUUGAGUGAAUAUUCUCGAUCCGGAGCACCUGAAGGACACAUUCAUAAAAUGAAUAGGUAAAAAUCUAGCUGCAAUGUUUUUAUUUUAUUUUUAAACAAACUAACCUCAGAGCCAGGUGGAUCUUCAGGAUUAUAGCUUGACAACUUCAUGGCAUUUGGGUGACAACCCAGCCAUACGUCACCUGUCUUGUGGUCCACCUCGAUGUUGUCACAAAGUGAUCCAACAGCUACCGACUGAAAACAUCACAUGUUGUUUACAUGCUGUAAAUGAAACCUGAUUAUUCUGUCCUUGUGUAUGAUGUUAAAGCAACAAUCCAACCUUUUUUUUUUUCUUGCAACAGAACUGCUUUCUUAUUCAGCAAAAUGAAAACGAUUAGUGCUACUUUUAUGUCUACAUGUUAAAUAUGAAGCUACAGUAUUAUGAAAAAUGUACAGGCAGCUGUCACUGAUACCGCUCAGCCUACUAGCAGAUGUACCUAUGGCAUCAAUUUUUAAAAUUCUAGGCUACAGUAAAGUUCAUCUUUGACCUCGAGGUCAUUGAGAUUGAAACUCGUUUUUACUAGAUUCACCUAAGGUAUCGUACGUCACCUCGUUCUCCACUUGGGCAUCCACUCUGCCCACAGGACGGGGUGACGACAAUACCCCCUCAACCUCUCACGGCUGAGGGGUAAAAACUGCAACACUAGGCUGGGCUUAGCUUCAUAUUUAGCACGCAGAUAUGAGAGUUUUGGGUUGUUGUUUUGUUUUUGUUGUUUUUUCUGACUUUAGAAUACAAAACACUGUUACCUUGAUGUACCUCAAUUGUUCUCCUUCUUGCCUUUCAAAAACAUCUAUGUCAUGAUCCAUAAUAUCCGAAACGUAUAUGUACCUGUGUUUAAAAAAAUAAAAGAAAUAAAUCAUGUUACAAUAACAAAAAACUGUAAAUCUCAUCCCACUCCUUUUCAAGUAUCUAAAUUGUGUUUUGUAGAGUUUUAUAGAGAUGUGGAUGACAAUUCGAUAUCUUCACUUUGUGUACAAUGUAUUCUGUUAUUUCUGUCUGAAAUAAAACAGACAUUUAACU